AUGGCUGCCUUAGUUACCUCAUGUUCAACUGGUCCAAUGGUGCCUAGAAUACAGCUAGGGCCCGAUGGUUUGGAGGUUUCCAAAAUCGGGCUGGGCUGCGUGGGGAUGUCAGCAACCUACGGCCCGCCAAAGCCCGAACCUGAUAUGAUCAAGCUCCUUCACCAUGCUGUUGACUUGGUUCUAAAUUUGAAACACUUUGAUUUGAAUCCUAUGAAGGCUUUAAGAGGAGGCAUGAGAAAAAAAGUGCAGCUAGCUACAAAAUUCGGUGUGCGCAUGAAGGGUGAUAAACUAGAUGUUCGCGGGGACCCCACUUAUGUUAGGGAAGCUUGCGAAGCCAGUUUGAAACGUCUAAAAACGGAUUACAUUGAUCUCUAUUAUGUUCACCGUAUUGAUACUCAAGUUCCGAUUGAAGUCACGAUGGGAGAGUUGAAGAGGCUUGUUGAAGAAGGGAAAGUAAAACACGUGGGCCUAUCUGAGGCGUCGGCUUCAACGAUCAAAAGGGCUCAUGCAGUUCAUCCGUUAACGGCCGUCGAGACUGAAUGGUCCUUAUGGACAAGAGAUUUGGAAGAUGAAAUAGUUCCUACUUGCAGAGAGCUCGGCAUUGGGAUUAGGUUUCCGAGGUUCAAGCCGGAAAAUCUUGACGAGAACGAGAAAAUCUACGAACUAAUAUGUGAAAUGGGUAGAGUAAAGGGAUGCACGGCUGCACAGCUGGCAUUAGCUUGGGUUCUUGGGCAAGGAAAUGACGUGUGUCCUAUACCGGGCACAACAAAGAUAGAGAACCUAAACCAGAAUAUUCGAGCACUGUGUGUGGAGCUGAGCCCACAAGAGAAAACCGAACUCGAAUCCUAUGCUUCACCUGACUCGGUUAAGGGCGAGAGGCAUGCUUUCAUGUCCCACACUUGGUUGAAUUCGGACACACCACCGUUGUCCAGCUGGCCGAGUUUGACUCAUUCCUACUAUGUAUAAUAAUUCAGUUAUUAUUAUUAUUGUAUAUUAUGUCUUCCAAUUGUUGUGUACUCAAUAAGUUUGGUUUUUUGUUUGUACUUCUGUUUAGCAAGUACUGGAAUCUGCAUUCCAUUUAAGACAGACCACAACAGACAUGCAUGUUGCAAAAAUCAAUUGUAAGGAAGAAUUAAUUCUCAAUGUAGAGACAAUGCCAUGUGGAAAUCUGAGAAAAUAAACAAGAACAAAUUGAAGGCUAGGUGUUGCAGGGCCAACAUUUUUGAAUAUCAAAGUGGUAAUGAAUA